AAUGGCGCCAAAAGAUUAAGUUGAGCAGCGGCAGACGCUGCCCUAAAUCAAUGUUUACGCGCGUUUGGCCUCUGUGGUCGUUUCUGUAAGCUCGUGGUGUGCUUUGCUGUGAUAUUUGGUAGUUACUUUCAAUCGCGUAGCUGCUGGCCGUGCGCGCGCAUGUGUAUGUCCAAGCGUCAUGUCGCAAGUUAGACGCGCGCGUCCUGGCCUGACUGUGCGGCUUAUCUUAUUUUCCCUAAAAGUUUUGGUGUUGAACCAGCAAACGGCAUCAAACGCAUGCCCGUGUUUUGUCGUUUAACGUAUGUAUGAAUUUCAGUUAUGGUUCACAGGGGUUGUAGAAAAAUGUCCCCGUGCCACGGUCUGGGUUGGUCCGGAUUCAUCUCUACCAUGAUGGUGGGGAAAUAACGAUGGAAAAUAUUAAACUUUUUUUUAUUUGUGUGUUGCGUUAGAAGUUGCAUCUGCAGUGUGUAUGUGCGAUAACACUUUGUUUUCUGGUCGACGAAUGUAGUGCCAUAAUGUUUUUGGUGCUAAAAGUUGUCGUUUAAAUAUACGAGAGUGCGGCGGAGGGUUUUGUUUAAACACUGAAAUUGAGUUAAAUUCUAUGGGUGAAAAAAAAAAUAGUUUUGUUGUCAAUUUCGAAGUGGCAUCGAAAUGGACAGCUAUGUGACGUCAAGGGGCGUGGUCUGUCAGUCGCGUCACAUGGAGCAUUUGCGCUGCGUGAGCUGCUGUUUACACGCAGUGAUACCCGUUGUGUUUGGGCAGAAUUAUUGAUUUCUGCAUCACUUGAAGGCCACGGCAGCUGACGAUGAAGCGAAGCCGUGCUCCGAGCACCAGCGAGGACUCGGAUAAUGGAAGUAACUCCACGUCCUGGUCUCAGCACUCCAACUCCAAGCACAGGAAACAGAGUGGAAAAAGACCCUCAGAGGUCUUCAGGACAGACCUGAUUACUGCUAUGAAGCUGCAUGAUUCAUACCAGCUGAAUCCAGAGGAUUAUUACGAGCUGGCCGAUCCCUGGCGGCAGGAGUGGGAGAAAGGGGUUCAAGUCCCUGUUAGUCCCAACUCCAUACCACAGUGUACAGUGCGCACUGUAGCUGAGAAAUGCCCCACUCCUCUGUUCAUGAGGCCGAAAAAGCUGAUUCGCUCAUCUGAGUCAUCGAUGCUGGGGUACGUGGGUAUUCAGACGCUGGCUGAUGGCAUGUGUCGUUAUGACCUGAACGAGGAGGACGUGGCUUGGCUGCAGAUCACCAACGAGGAGUUCAGCAAGAUGGGCAUGCAACUUCUGGAUGAGCUGACGAUGGAGAGGGUAAUGGAGGAGUUUGAGCGCCGUUGCUAUGACAACAUGAGCCACGCCAUGGAAACCGAGGAGGGGCUUGGCAUCGAGUACGAUGAGGACGUGGUGUGCGACGUCUGUCAGUCCCCUGACGGCGAGGACGGCAAUGAAAUGGUGUUCUGUGACAAGUGCAACAUUUGUGUGCAUCAGGCGUGUUACGGUAUACUGAAGGUUCCUGAGGGCAGCUGGCUUUGUCGUACCUGUGCGCUGGGCAUCUUUCCCAAAUGCCAUCUGUGUCCUAAAAAAGGUGGGGCUAUGAAACCCACUCGAAGUGGCACCAAGUGGGUCCACGUCAGCUGUGCCCUCUGGAUACCAGAAGUAAGCAUUGGAAACCCUGAGAAGAUGGAGCCUAUCACUAAUGUGUCUCAUAUACCCAGCAACAGAUGGGCUCUAAUAUGCUGCCUGUGUAAAGAGAAAACCGGAGCUUGUAUUCAGUGUUCUGCCAAAAGUUGCCGUGUGGCGUUCCACGUGACUUGUGGUCUGCAGUGUGGGCUGAAGAUGAACACAAUUCUCACAGAGGCGGAUGAAGUCAAGUUUAAGUCUUUUUGUCCCAAGCACUCGGGCAUGGACUGGAAUGAGGAAGAGGGAGAUGAUGACAGGCCAGUAAAGGUCCAGACCAGUGAAGAGAGAAGGAGAAAUAGGGGAGUGGACAUCUCAUCCAACUCGCAGCCCAGACUUGCACAAAACCCAGAAGAGACCAGACUCAGCGAGCGCAAGCUUCGAGUCCAGCAGCUGGAGGACGAGUUCUAUCGAUUCGUAGCUGCCGAUGAAGUUGCAGAACACCUGCAGUUACCCCUAGAAACUGUGGACUUCCUGUUCCAAUACUGGAAAUUGAAAAGAAAGGUGAAUUUUAACCAGCCGCUCAUCAUGCCGAAGAAAGAAGAAGAGGACAGCCUUGCCCGGCGGGAACAGGAAGUGCUUUUGCGUAGACUCCGUCUGUUUACACAUUUACGACAGGAUCUAGAAAGGGUGCGUAAUUUGACGUACAUGGUCAGCCGUCGGGAGAGAAUUAAACGAACUUUGUGCCGAGUGCAGGAGCAGAUCUUUCAUCACCAUGUCAGGCUGCUUGAGCAGGGACGCGUCGCUGGUAUAUCUUCUACUAGACGUUUAGAGGAGGCUAUGUUUUACUUUCGGACGCCACCUCCUGUACCUACAUUCCCUCAGCCUCUGAAGGGUCACUGCGGUCAGAACAGCGCCCUGGGCACUACUGUUCAAAAUCACGAAAAAGGGAGUAACUCUUAUAGAGUCUCAAAGCAUAUCGAAGCAGACAAGCCUACAAAGAUGGCCAGACUGGAAAGCCUAGUCAUGGACAGCGUGCCCAGUUCUGGGGUCGUCGAUUCGAGCUCUGGAGCUUGUAAGACGGCGGCAUCAGCUACAGCGAAGCGAUCGGAGAGAGGGCUGAGGGGAGGAGAGUCCCACAGAAGAGAUGAGGAAAGCGAGCGCCCCCUGGAGGACAGGAGGAGGAGGAGCAAGCUGUGGGAACAGGUGUCUAUAAAAGAUAAACUGAGACACUCGAAGUCUGUGGAGGACACGGUGAAGAACGAGACUGAGCAUGACAACAUGGAUGACAGAUUACUGCUGUCUCACAGCAGAACUACUGCUGGUUCUGGUGUCUCCGCCUCAAACACAUAUAACGGAUCGCUGAGGAAGACAAACGCAAGCCAACAUCAGGGAAAAAUAGUGCCAAAUGGGCGGCAUCUGAAAAACUGGGGCAGUUUCAGAAUCCCUAAACGGAGUGAGAGAACAUCAACAGGGAAAGAUGGACAGGAUGGAAAUGACAUGGCAGACCAAAAUUCUUCCUUAACUUUUAAUACAAGUCCCGCCUCCUCCCCACAAAUUAGGACCCGGUUGCGGACAGGAAGUGAGAACCGAAACCAAGUGGAAGAGUCUGAUCUUAGCCAAUCAGAACAGGGCAAGAGGUGUCACGCCCAAAGACUUCGAAGCCCCAUGACUAGACGUUACGGUUCGGAUUUGAUCCAGCGCGGAGUCCUUGCAUCAUGAAAUGUGUCCAAAAAAUAUAUUUCUCAUUUUCAUUUUGCUCUACAGUGAAAGGUGAACAUAUUUAUUUUUCUAUUCUGUAAUUUUCUGCUGUUGCUGAAAUUAUUUUUUGAGCGUACUUUAAAAACAUACAUGGGAGAGGUUUCGAGAGACCAAGCAAUUGGCUGAUGAAGAGGGAAAAAUAUGAAACUUUAAAGAUCAGGUGAAGAAAAAAAAAAACAAAAAAAACUGGCACAAUUUGUAGAUGUUAUGAGCACUUACCAGCGUGAAACCAAGCCAGUACAGCCCAGCUGUCUUAAGUCCCACAGAAUUACUGCACUUAACUGAGCACUUCAAAAUAUCUGACCACAGCAGUCUAACCAGUGUCCAAAACUUAGAAAAGACUUUUAAAUAGAUUUUUCAGUAUUCUGCUAACUUCAAAGGCCAUCAUGUUGUGUGUAUGUGACGUGUGCCAUACUUACAUUGUGGCACCCUUUUCUUCUCAGGUAAAAUCUGCUUAUAUUUGUACUUAAUUUAUAGCGUCAUGUCUUGUUUUUCUUUCAAACAAACUGAGUGUGUAACAGGUCAAUGCCUUAUAUGUACUCUCUUCUGUCUCGAAGUUAUUCCUUUCCAGAAAAAUAACUCUUUCACUUAACCAUAUUCUUCAGCAAUAGAUGGACUCUGUAGAUCCAAGACAGACAAUUCCACACUCAGUAGGAUGAAAUGACGACACAUACGAUGCACGCCAUUCGCAGCUCUGUUCAGGAAGGCUUUUAACAAUCAUUUACUUCCAGUAUCCAUUACUUUUGAACUUUUGCACUUGAUAUUAAACAAUAACACAAGACACUAUCAUUGGUCUAAUAAAGACACUAUUGCGUUGAAAGGACUGAUCUUCUUGACAUGGUUGCCUUGGAGUAGUACUCAAGUAUGUGUUUCUUGCAUCUUUUCUUUAUAGCUGUAAAUGUCUUUUCUCAUGCAAAAUGUGAGUUGAUCUCCUAGAGAAAAAGUUUAUCUUGUGCCUGAGUGUUUUUGUUGAGAUGUUGCACUAGAACAUUAGCCAGAGAGCUUGGUAUAACCGUGUUCACAAAAAAAAAAAUGUUUCUACAUGUUUAUAUAAUCAAGCGCUGCUGUAUUUUUCUUCUUUCUUUUAUUCUUAUGCAAUACUUUAGUUUUGUUGCAGAUUGUGAAUAAAUUUUCUUGAGGUUACUUCUGAAGAUGUCGGGAUUGCUUGAGAGGAAAAGUUUUCUGCAUUGCUUUAAACGCCCAAGACUCCUUUGACUCCUACAAUUAAACCAUGUUUGGAAAUCAGAGUUAUUACAAAAAGCAGUUUAGUUCCCAUUUUAUGCUGUCAUUGUAAUGAUUCUGUUUGUAUACUGUAUGUGAAUUACAGUGGAGUCAACAAUGAAGGAAUUGUAUUGUCAAUAGUACAAUUAGAUUCUACAUCUUAUCUGGACCUACAUUAAGGGUUUGGGAUUAACAACAUUUUUCUAUUGUAAUAUAUCUUAAAAUCUAAUUUAUUACUAUGAUACAAAGCUGAAUUUUCAACAUUGUUUCUUGUUAUUGCUUAAGUGUCACGUGAUCCUUUAUUCUAAUAUGCUGAUUUAU